GCCGCCCCCUCUCCUCGGAAGCCGCCCCGCCGCGGCCGGGGCCCCGCGCGCCCCGCCGCUGCCCUUCCUCCCGGGGAAGGGGGGCAGCAGGCUGAGGGGCUUCCUCCCUGCGAAGCUAGGGUGCCGUCGGCGGGCGCGGGGAGGCCGGCGCGGUCAGCAGCGGCAGCCUCGGCCUCGCCCGGCGCCGGGGACGGCCCCCUCGGGGAGGGAGGGGAGCGCCCGGGAGGGGCUCGAACGCCCUUCCGGCUCCCCGGGAUGUGCCCGCGUGUGCCCCGGCCAAGGCUCCGCCGCAGACCACCGACGCUGGGAGCGGACGGUGCUCGUUCGGGGCAGGCCGAACGCCCCUGCCGCGCUCUGGCCGCGACGCGCGCCCGCGGGGCUGGCCCGGGGGAUGCCGAGCUCGGGCUUGUCUGGCGUGGCCUCCCGGGAGGGAAGGUUCACGACAGAGCCGUGCGUCCGGCGGGAGGGGCUGCGCUUUCACACAGGUGCCCCGGAUGCUCGCGGGGGUUCUGUCUCCGUCACUGCAACAGCCCUGGGGGCCCAGCCCUGCCCUUCCGUCGUCCCUUUAAUUAGUGUGUGACACGGACGAGGCCCCAGCUUCAGGACCAAGCGUUGUGCAGUGAACAAGUGGCUUAUGUGGCGAACCAAGAAAGAGUGUCCUCGUUCGGUUCAGCGUCUACCGAAGUUACGUCCACUUGCGGAAAGCUGCAUUUUACCGUCUGGUUUCAAGCUUUAGAGAGUUCUUGGACGGUUUUUCGAGAUAGACCGUAUUUGUGUUUUGAAAGUUAGGGUGCAUUUUCAGGGAUCAAAGUUAGCAUUUCAGAGAGUUGAAGGGUGCUCGCAUCCAAAACUGGCCCCCAAGGGGAGUUUCUUUAAAAUCCAGGUCAUCUCCUUUUCACGCGUUACUUUGCUACUAGUUCCGCAAACGUUUGGUCUGCCCGAUUUUAUUUUACACGAUUAGAAAUGCGGAGCAUGCUCAGCCCAGUUCUGACUUCUGUUUGCCGGUGCCUUCUGACCAGAAAGUGAACCUCUGAGGGAAGGCACAGUUCUCUGGAAGGAGCACAGGGCUGAGUAUGGAGACCUGAUCGGCAGCAGGCCACAAGGGGCCCUCCGGUGAGACAAAUGUGUGCGGAGGGCUUUGUGAAUUCAGAUCAGCCCGAUGUCUCUCCAGGUGUGCGUGGCGUUCACCUGUUGAUGCCUUUCUCAUGCGGUGGCAUAGAUGCUCAGUGUGCUGAAAGUGUCCCGCUUGAAUGGGUCCGACCAGGAUGAUGUGUUCAGGUGUUUGCCCUUGAGAGCCGAUGGUUUUGGUAGACUGUCACACAUAGUAGAGAAAACUGCAGAGGGCAGAAGAGCCACGGGUGGACUCUGAGUUUUGUCCGUCAGUUGUAAAAAACGGAAAACCAGUGUUUAUUUGUUAUUUCCUUCAGCUAGCUUCGAAGUGGGCACUGAUGAACACAGGAGUCCUGGCCUUCCAGAUUUAGAAGGUUUGGUUGUGCAGAGAGUCAGGGUUUCCACCCGUGACUUAUUUCUGCGUACUAAGAUUACAGGUGAGGUACAGCCAGGGAUCCUGGAAUGUUUACACUGCACGUCCGUAGAAAGCUGCAGCUUCACUAUCAGCAGAGAAGCUGGCCGCAUAAAGUGUCCAGCAGCUGGGCAGGUGUCCAGUUCUGAGCCACUUACAGGGUCCCUGCGUGUUCUGCAGUGGGCUCGUGUUGCCAUGAGAGUUAGGGGCAGCAGCUCACAGGCUCCGUUCACGAGUGAGGGAAGGGCGAGCUUCAGGGGGACACACGCGCAGUUGUGCGUUGGUGGUGGUAGAGGCGGCCUGGGGCCAAGUGGUGGUGGGGUGUGCAGGACCGUGGGGUUGCUUUAUGGACAGCACUGUGCUGGCUCCCUCCCCUUCCUCCAGCUUGAAUCUGCUAUAUCGCUUUUCCUGGUCAUGAAUCCAGUGGGCUGUUGCUUGAACUUGAGCUUUGCCAAAGCUAGGAGCUGAGUAGAGACAGAAAUGGUUUUUCUCUUCAGCCUGAAUUAAGGGCCGUGGUGCCCCGGCAGUGUCCCCGUGAGGCAUGGUGGCAGGUGUGCCCUGCUGUGCUCAUGCCGUCGGUCACCUCCACCCUCUGUGAUGGGCCCUUGGAGGACAUCCCUGUAGGCCCCCCACAGACCGGCCUCUGCACCUAUCAGUCAGGGCUUCCGCUUCGGCCCCACACCACAGGCUGGGGAGUGGAAGGAAGAUGUGGCGUGCAGAGAACUGGGGUUCCCUGUCUCCGAAUGUUAUUGGCCCCAGUCUGCGGUGUUGGCCUUUCAGGUGGGCAGUCAGAUUGAGCGGCCAGUCUGUGUACGUUGUAGAAAGACCACCCCUUGUUAUGGGCUUCGUCACAAGACGGGACGUUUUAUAAAUUAUGCAGUGCGGGUGGUGUAUGAUGCUUAGGCAAAGCGGACGCCGGUGAUCAUGUUAUUCUUAAUAAUUGCGUUGCCUUUGGCUGGAAACCAGACGGCUCUGGGUUUUUCUUAGCAUGUGGAGGACAGAUUCCUUCGGUAAGUGGUUCCCCUCGUGCCACCUGUAGCAAGCAGGGGCGUUACCCCGUAGCUUCCAGGCAGCUUCGUGGGAUUUCUCUGAAGCCGUGUGUGCUAGUGUUUUUGCACUCACUCGUUUUCUUGUAAAGUAUCCUACUGGUAAGUUUUAAAACUUUGUGUUUCUCCUUUGCAGCAUCAUGGCCAGCCCCAGAACGAGGAAAGUUCUGAAAGAAGUCAGAGUGCAGGAUGAAAACAACGUGUGUUUUGAGUGUGGUGCGUUCAAUCCUCAGUGGCUUCGUGCGCUCCGUGACCAUGGACAAGUGGAAGGACGUGGAGCUGGAGAAGAUGAAAGCUGGAGGGAACGCGAAAUUCCGGGAGUUCCUGGAGUCUCAGGAGGACUAUGACCCCUGCUGGUCCCUACAGGACAAGUACAACAGCAAGGCUGCGGCCCUCUUCAGGGACAAGGUAGCCACUCUGGCUGAAGGCAGAGAAUGGUCUCCCGAGUCAUCGCCUGCCCAGAACUGGACCCCACCCCAGCCCAAGACACUGCCGUCUACUGCCCACCGAGCCUCUGGCCACCCACAGAACUCGACCUCCUCCUCAGACAAGGCGUUUGAAGACUGGCUUAAUGAUGACCUGGGCUCCUAUCAGGGGGCCCAGGAGAACCGCUAUGUGGGGUUUGGGAACACAGUGCCGCCCCCGAAGAGGGACGAGGACUUCCUCAGCAGCGCCGUGUCGUCCCUGUGCUCGGGCUGGAGCAGUUUCACCACCGGAGCGAGCAAGUUUGCCUCGGCCGCUAAGGAGGGUGCAACCAAAUUUGGAUCUCAAGCAAGUCAGAAGUUUUGGGGCUCCAAGCGGCAGCCCGAGAUGGCUUCGGAGCUGGGCCACAGUCUGAACGAGAACGUCCUCAGACCUGCCCAGGAGAAGGUGAAAGAGGGAAAGAUUUUUGAUGAUGUGUCCAGUGGGGUCUCUCAGUUGGCGUCCAAGGUCCAGGGGGUUGGCAGUAGGGGAUGGCGGGACGUCACCACGUUCUUUUCUGGGAGAGCAGAGGACCCGUCGGACAGACCCCUGGAGGGCCAGAGCUACCAGAACAGCGGUGGGGACCACCCCCAGAACCGCGCUGUGGACCAGAGCUUCUGGGAGACCUUCGGGAGUGCCGACCCCGCCAAGGGCCACAGGUCCCCGAGCAGCGACAGCUGGACGUGUGCGGACGCCUCGGCCGAGAAGAGGAGCUCGGACAGCUGGGAUGUGUGGGGCUCGGGCUCCGCGUCCAACCAUAAGAACAGCGACCACAGCGACCUCGGGGAGGCCUGGGGGGGCGGUGGGGAGGGCAGAGCCAAGACCGCCAAGAAGGCCGCGCUGCCCGCGGUGCCGGUGGACGAGGGCUGGGACGACCAGGACUGGUAGGCCCGCUGCACCCCAGCCCCAGCAGCUGCGGUGGCCCCUGCGUCUGCACUUUGCCCCCACACUCCUCCUGUCUGAGCCCAGAGACCAGCUGUGGCGUGAAGACAGCACCCCAGUGUGAGCCAGGGGUGGUGCUGCCGGCUGGCUCGGGCGCCGGCCCCGCAAGGCCGCGGUGCGGGACGGUCCGCGUCUCUCCCGUGGUUCUGGGGCAGCCCAGGGGAACCUGGCCAGGGUGACGCGGGGGCAGAGUCUGCUCCUGCAGGAGGCAGGCCGCGCCAUCGUUCCCAGAACGCCCUCUAAUAAACCCUCCCGAGUGCGGUGCA